UGAAAGAUUAUUUUUUGAAUAAAAAUGGGAGAUUUAAAAGCUACUACAAUAAAGGAUGCUAUAAAAAAUUGGGAAGAUGAAAAUAAAGAAUCUGCAAGUGAAGCUACAAAUAUAUGUUUACAAUUUCAAUGGCCACCGAUUGAAAAAAUGGAUAAUAAUUUAUCAGUUUUAACUAAAUGCGAAAAAUUAUCAUUAAGUACAAAUAUGAUUGAAAAAAUAAAUGGUCUUGCUGCUUUAAGAAAUUUAAAAAUUUUAUCACUGGGAAGAAACUACAUUAAGGCUUUUACUGGGCUAGAACCAUUGGCUGAUACUUUAGAAGAAUUAUGGAUAUCUUAUAACUUUAUUGAAAAAAUGAAAGGUGUUCUAGGAAUGCGUAAACUUAAAGUUUUACACAUGUCUAAUAAUAAUGUCAAAGAAUGGGCGGAAGUAAAUAAGCUUGCAGAAAUGGAAAGUCUAAAAGACUUUUUAUUUGUCGGAAAUCCACUCUAUGAUUGUUUAGACGAAUCUAUAUGGCGUAGUGAUUGUAUUAGAAAGCUUCCUAAACUAGUUAUACUGGAUGGAGUACCAAUCAUAAGAGAUUAAAAAAUUAGAAACAAUGAAAAUGCCGCCCGAAAAUUUUAGAUUUCAAUCUUAACGUGUAAUGGGCAAUGGCGUGUAAGGCUGGUUGGACCAAUUGGACUAAAAGAGCCUGAGAGAAUAAGCCGCAUAUUAAUAUUGUAGACGCUAUUAAAACUGGGUUCAUGACAAUUGUCGUGCCGCCGCCCCGUUGUUAGUCGUUGUACGUAGUCAUAAUUAAUUACAAUUUACAUUCAUUGUUUAAUAAUUGUUAUACUAUCUGAUA